ACCGUGUACACACAUGAGUCAUUGCUCCAUCUUAUCUUACGCAAACAAAAGGCAGCGCCCCGGGUUUGUCCCAGUCAAUUGUCGAAUUCUUAUGUAGACAAUGCUUCUUCUGUUUGGGUCAUCAUCGGCAUGACCGGUUCUUUCCGGCGGCCAGGAACCUGCAAGGAUGGCGGACGUGGUUGGCAUCCCCACGGAGAUCCUCCGCCUCGCGCUGGCGAUCAGGCAGGCGGCUGACACGGUGAGGCAGAACAGGGAGGACUGCCUCGAGAUCCAGCGGUGCGUGAACAGGCUCCACGGCAUCAUGUCCUCGGCUAUUCGCGGCACAGGCACGGACAUGAUAGCGAACUUGGCAGUGAGCGCCGCGCUGGGGGACCUGGAACGGAUCCUCCGCCGCGCCCUCGACCUCGUCACCACCUGCCAACGGAGGAGCACCAUUUGCCAUUGCUUCACGGCCGGGAGGAUGUCUGGGCAGCUGCUUCGGGUCCAGCGGGACAUCGCGAACCAGCUGUUGAUGGUAAACUUCGCCCAGGUUACCACCCUUCUGAUCACUACUAGGCCUGUUCCACGAGAGGAUCCCGUUUACGGACCCGUUGAGCCCUGGGACUACUGGAUGGCACCAAGGAGUGAAGAUGCCGUCUAUGAUUCGAUACACUUUUGCAUGGAAGUGACAGCUGCCGUGUCAUCAUCACGUUCACGCUUGAGGGUGUUCAGCAUGUCUGAGUUGGAGGCCGCUACAAAUAGCUUUUCAUGUGAACAAGUGAUCCAUGAUGGCGACUCUGUUACCGUCUACAAGGGUGUAUUACCUGAUGGGAGCGUGGUUGCCAUCAAGCGAUCUCAUGAUGAAAAGGAUCUUCUAUUUCCAGUGCACCUCCAGCACAAAAACGUAGUUACAUCUCUAGGAUACUGCCCUCAUGAACAAGGGAAGCUGGUGGUCGAAGAGUAUAUGCCAAACGGAAUGUUGUCUGAGAUGAUCAAUGAGAUGUCGGAACAGCUAGAUUGGCCCUCCACGUUGCAGACAGUUCAAGGGAUCGCAGAGGGCGUAGCUUAUCUCCAAACCAUGCGUGUCGUGCAUCCGGAUUUGAAGCCUUCCAACAUCUUCUUUGAUUCUGAUAUGAAUCCUAAGAUAGGUGGGCUUGGAAAGUCUAAACUUGUGCUGGAACAAGGUGUCGCUCAAAUAAAGACAGAAGAGCUACUUGGCACAGUGGGCAAUAUACCUCCUGAGUAUAUCAGUGACGGCAUUAUCUCCAUGAAGAGCAACGUUUUCAGCUUCGGCGUCCUCUUCCUCCGUAUCAUUAGUGGGAUGAGAGGCCCUGUACUAAACCAACAUCCAAUUGCAUGGGCUUUGGGGGUUUGGGAAGCUCGACAGACGGAGUCAUUUGGUCCGUCACCGCAGGAUCAGUCCGAGAGAAAGGAGAGAGAAAGGUGCAUCUGUAUCGGACUGUUGUGCACCCAAAUGGAUCCUCGUGGCCGGCCAACCAUGCCAGAUGUUCUGGCGAUGCUAAACGGCCAGGAAGAAUUGCCAUCCCCAGAGUUAUCUUGCUUCACUGGAAUAGGAAGUGCAGAGCAGGAGCAGCCGUGGUGGAGGAGCAGCUGGUGGAAGAGGAGGUCUGACGGUAGGAACUGGUCGUUGUUGGAGAAGACACGUUGAGAGUCCUCGGUACACAGACUGUGUGCUUAUGUAUCACUGCUAGUGUAAAGCCGAUGACAAUCGUAUCAGGUAUAUAUCGCACUGAGAUAAUACCCAACGCGUUGCUGGGGAACUUAUGGCAAUAAAUUUAUAAAGAAUAA